ACGACGGUCUCCCUCCCCGCGCCUGCGUGGCUGCGCUCGCUCGGCGGGGACGGCCUCGGUGCGACGCGCGGUGCGCUGCGGGCGCCGAUGCCGAGUUUGGUCGUGGAGGUGCGCGUCAAGGUCGGUGAGAAGGUCCGGAAGGGCGAUCCGGUUGUUGUGCUGGAGAGUAUGAAGACCGAGACGGUUUUGCGGGCGCCCGAGGCGGGGGUUGUGAAGGCGGUGAAUUGCAAGAAGGGUGAUAUGGUUGAGGAAGGCAAGGACCUUGUUGAUAUUGAUGCAGAUGCAACGGAGGCGGCGACUUGA